AGGGGUGAUCCUCCAGUAUCUGUCAAUUGGACCAAGAAUGGAGAAGCUCUUGGUAACAGCAACACAUUAGUCAUUAAGUGGGUGACUAUUGAUGAUGAAGGUAUCUAUAAAUGUGCUGCUGAAAAUGAAGCUGGAAAAAAUGACGCCACCUUCUGGAUUGAUGUAACUGUGUCUCCUCAGAUUAUAUUGUCUCCAGUAAAGCAAUCUGUUAUCAAUGGAGACCCUCUCAACUUUACUUGCCGUGCCUCAGGUGUUCCAACACCAAAAGUGACCUGGACAUUUGAUGGUGGUAAACUUCCGUUUGGUAUUAAUCAAACCAAUUUUGAGGGAGACUUAUUCGUGGAAUCAUUCCUGGAAAUGCUGAACACAACAAAGGAAAUGGAAGGACUAUAUGAGUGCACGGCAGAAAACAAAGCAGAUAAAAUAAAUUCUUCAGCAACACUUCAAGUUUUUGAAAAACCAACCUCUCAAAUAAGGCCAAAUCCACAUCCAAUGCUCACUCCAGGUGAAGAGCUCACAUUGAAUUGCAUUGUUAAUAAGGCAACAUUAAAUAUCACUUGGAAAAAAGAUGGAGACCCAAUAAAAGCAAGCGCAGUAAUUGCUAUGAUAUUGAAUGAGACAACAAGCUCUCUGCGUAUUUCAAUGGUUGUGGAGGAGGACAGUGGUGAAUAUUCCUGUGUAGCUCGCAACAAACCAGGCAUUUUGGCCCACUCCACUGUGAUGAUAACUGUCAAACUUCCACCACAGUUAAAUUCUGGACUCAAGAAUCGUUCAGUUACAUUGAACUCCACAUUUACAACACCUUGUUUUGUAAAGGGCAGUCCUCCAGUAUCUGUCAAUUGGAGCAAGGAUGGAGAAGCUCUUGGCAACAACAACACGUUAAUUAUUAAGCACGUGACUUUUGAUGAUGAAGGUUUCUAUGAAUGUGUUGCUGAAAAUCUGGCUGGAAAAGCUAACUUAUCCUUCUGGAUGGAUGUUACUGUGUCUCCUCGGAUUUUAUUGUCUCCGGUGAACCAAUCUGUUAUUGAUGGAGACCCUGUCAACUUUACCUGCAGUGCUUCAGGUGUUCCAACACCAAACAUAACGUGGACAUUUAGUGGAGGUAAACUCCAAUUGGGUAAUAAUCAAAAAAAUUUUGAUCGAGACUUAUUCAUGGAAUCAUUCCUGGAAAUGCCACGAACAACAAAGGAAAUGGAAGGAACAUACAAGUGCACAGCAGAAAACAAAGCAAAUACAACAAGUUCUUCUGCAACACUUCAAGUUUUUGGAAAACCAACUGCGGAAUUGAGCCCAAAACCAUAUCCAACCCUCACUUCAGGUGAUAAGCUUAGGUUAAUUUGUAUUGUCAACGAGGUAACAGUAAAUAUCACUUGGAAAAAAGAUGGAGACCAAAUAAAGAAGAGAGCCAACAUCUUUACGCAAUCGGAUGAGAAAAAAGGUUACCUGCAUAUUGCAAAGGUUGUGGAGGAGGACAGUGGUGUAUAUUCCUGUGAAGCUCGUAACAGACUAGGAAAUGUGGCCCGCUCCACUGUGACAAUAAGUAAGCUGACAUUAUUGUAG